AUGAACGCCAUGGAUGAGACCUUCCAUCUGGAGCGCAUCUUCUACUUCCCGAGUGCAAAUAAGAAUAUAGGUGCUGGCAGCCCCAUGCUACAGCAGCUUAAACUCUGCGUUUCGUCUCAUGAACAACAUAAGACAGAAUGCGAGGCAGACAUGGUCGCAUCUUCGGGCUCAGGCAAUAGGUUUUGCGCCAAGCUGCUUAGCGAUUUUCUUGAACAAAGCUGCAAUAUUUACGAAGAGCUUGGCGGCUGUGCAGCGGACUUCUUCAUUGACGCAUGCGUAUCUCAACUGCGGAACUUGGCCGGCGAGGUGGAAAUGGGUGGUCUGAAUCGCGAAGAUAUGGGCUAUAUCCUUCAAGUCCUUGCGCCGAUCCAGAUGUCUGAUGGGACUGCCGACGCUUCUAACUCCGUCGUCCAUUUCUCCUCAAAGUUUGAGAGACUGCUCCAGUAUCUCUUGAAGAUGGACCAAUCGGAGUUCUCUGGCUUGAUCUUUGUCAGAAAACAAACCACUGUCAGCGUCUUGACAUCCCUUUUGUCAAUACAUCCUUCGACCAAACAUCGGUUUCGGUGUGCGGCAUACCGAGGGGGGUCGAAAAAUGGCGUUCGCUAUCGCGAGUCUAUUGGCGAUUUCAUCAGUCUGGACAUACAUAAAGACACUGUGACAGAAUUCAGAGCUGGCCUCAAGAAUCUUAUCGUCGCCACUCACGAAUUAGAAAGCCUGGAUGUGAGUUGCAGUCUGGUAGUAUAUUUCGACAAGCCGUCCACUCUCAAGUCUUCCGUCCAACGGCAAGGACAAGUUCGGCAUCAGAAGCCCACAUAUGCUAUCAUGACUUCUACAUUCAACGACGCUUUGCCAUUGGAAAAUGCUGGUCUCGGAUUCGAUCAAGAUAAAGAGAUUCCCGCACUGGUAGACUGCGCGGAACAAUGGGACCCCUAUGUGGAAUUGUCACAGGCAUGGCUAUCGUUAUCACCUGAUUUCUAUCAGACAGACAUAGAAUUCUUCAGAAGUGAAUGUUUGGAUGAAGAUUUAAAGAUUUCGAUUGUCCUACCCAAGCUUAUGACAAUGCCGGAUACCAUUCCCAUCUACUGGGACUCCGAAACAACCUUGACCGCGAAAUUCAAGCCCUCAACGCCACUUCAUUCACUUAGUUCCGAAAACCUUCACCUGAUCAGGGAUAUCACAGGUAUAUAUUUCCAGGCACCAUCUUCCCGUUUACAAAAUCCUGAUCGAGACUAUGUGGUGCUUUUCAUGCCCACCGUUCCCCUUGACCAGCUACAAGAGUGGAAAAACGUCAACGGGGGCACGCAAAUGCUGAUGGAGCAUUAUGAGCGCGAUACAUUACCAAUAGGCAUCGUUCGGGACACAGCCAAGUAUAGUGAACCACGCUUAUUUCGCAGAUGGAUUCAUUCUGGGGAGGGAACCAAGAUCCGGGUUGAAACAGAAUGUGAGACUAUUCCGAAAAGGCGGAAUUUCCUGCAGCCGCGAACGGCGGCUGAAGCGCGCGGAGAGGGCCCUGCUAAGAUCUUUGUGAUCCCAGCAGUGGGUUGCACCGUAGACAAGCUGCCGGCCAAGAAAGCUAUGAUUGGGCUGCUCAUGUCUGCCAUUCUAGAUCGCAUGGAGGCUAUUAUGGUUGCCAAGAGGCUAAAUGAUACGAUUUUGAAGGAUGUUGGUAUUCAAAAUCUCGGUCAUGUUCUCACUGCAAUUACCACGCCGAUAGCGCAAGCGAGUACCGACUACCAACUUUAUGAGUUCUUCGGCGACUCCGUGCUGAAAUUCACUGUGGCCUGUCAGCUCUUUUUCCGGCAACCGACGUGGCAUGAAGGGUGCCUAUCCGAAAACCGAGAUAAACUUGUUCAAAAUAAGCACCUCGCAUAUGCCGCGCUUAAUACUGGUCUGGAUAGCUUCAUCCUAGCAAAGCGGUUCACACCCAAAAAGUGGACUGCUCCCCUGAUCUCCGAAAGGUUAAAUGAGCCUGCGGAAUUUGGAAAGUCAACAGCUCCGCGACGAACCCUAUCCAGUAAGGUCCUAGCAGACGUGGUCGAGGCUCUUGUCGGCGCCGCGUUUCUAGACGGUGGAAUUCAUAAAGCUCAGGCGUGUCUUCACCGCUUCCUGCCUGAGAUUGAUAUCUUCACGAGUGAUAUCUCAUCAUAUGUCACUCCCACCCCUGAUAGCUCUCGAGGUGAGAGAAGUCUGAUUGAUGCGGACAGCCUUGCAUCUGUUAUUGGAUACAGAUUCAAAGACGCUUCCCUUCUCACUCAAGCUCUCACUCAUCCCUCAUGUGAGCAUGACACGAGCACUCAGUCAUACCAGAGAAUCGAAUAUCUAGGAGACGCUGUGCUCGAUAUGCUCAUUCUCCCAUUGCUAGCCGCUUACACUGACCAAGGUGAGAUGUCUCAGGGAAAGAUGACCUUGACUAAGCACUCAGUUGUCAAUGCAAAUCUUCUUGCAUUUUUCUGCAUGGGACUUAGCGGCACGCAGAACUCUAUGGGUGUUACACAUCCUAGCAUGAUCUGCGAUUCUAAUGAGCUCUACUUGUGGCGCUACCUUCGCUUCAACGGUCCAACUAUCAAUUUUGCCCGACAAGCUUGUCUGGCAAGAUUUGACGACCUGCGUGAUGAGAUCUCGGCGAAGAUGCAGCAUGGGGACUACCCAUGGGAGCCUCUGACCCGAUUACGCCCUGACAAAUUCAUGUCCGACAUCAUGGAGAGUAUCCUUGGUGCCAUCUUCAUCGACUCUGGUGGCGAUCUUGACCAAUGCAGGCAAUUCAUGGAGCGGGCUGGCCUGCUUCCAUACGUCCGCCGUAUACUCGCGGAAGGUGUGGACGUCAUUCAUCCGCGAAAUAUGGCUCAAAGCUUGGUCAAGUUCGAGGGGAAUCUUGUCUUCAAAUCAAGGAGAGUCGAGAAGAGAGGGGUACCAGCGACAUACUAUUGCCAGGCGCUUCUCAAUAAGGAAGAAAUCGCCUCGGUCGAAGGGUGCGCAUCGUCAGAGGAAGCAGAGGUGCGGGUGGCUUACCUGGUGAUUGAGAAGCAAAGCAGGGUGUGA